AAGAAAGGCGGAGAGGGGUUUUAGUUGGAAACAACGAGAAGGUUGAUUCACGAGAGGAAAAGAGUUUUUUGUACAACUUGUUUGAAUUAUCAACUGUGUACAUCAUUUAGUUGUAUGUUUAGUUCUCAGUGCAGUGUUCACACAAUUUUUUAAUUGAUUUAAAAUCAAUCAAUAUCUUGCUGUUCAGUCUUUUUUCCCAAUUUGUAUUUGCUCGUUCAAUUUUCAAUUUAACCUCUCUUUUUAACUCACUCUUUUCCCUCUCUCACUGUGUUGUGUUGUUAGUCUUCGUUGUUACUUCAUCUGGUUGUUAUUGUUAAUUUUGUUUAUUUUGUUUAUUUUUUCUUAUUCUAUUUUUAUUGUAAUUAUCUUCUUGAUUAGUUAUUUAAUUACAUUUUGUCCUUGUCGGUGUUUAACUCUGUUAUUUUCAUCUAAUACACAAUGGUUAAUACAACUGUAAUCAUUUUUGGAGCUUCGGGUGAUCUGGCCAAGAAAAAGAUCUAUCCCACUUUAUGGAACUUAUUUAAAAGGAGUAACAUCAAUCACAGUGUGCUCUUGAUUGGUUAUGCUCGCUCAUCUAUUCAAGUUGAACAAAUUAAGGAACAGGUUGCAAAGCAUGUCAAAAUUGAAUCCGAAGAAGCUACACUUUGGGACUUAUUUUGGAGUCGCAAUAGUUACGUGAGUGGUGCUUAUGAUAAAGAAAGCGAUUUCCAAAAGUUAAACGAGUAUGCAAGUUAUACAGAAUCUUUUCGAGGAGAUACCGCCAACAGACUGUUCUACUUAGCCUUACCCCAAAGUGUAUUCGCACCGGUAACUCAGAAUAUCCGAAGACAUGUGAUGACAUCAACUGGCUGGAAUAGAGUGGUUAUUGAGAAACCUUUUGGACAUGAUUUUGAUUCUUCAGAAGAGUUAUCCAAACACUUAGCCUCAUUGUUCGAAGAAUCUCAAAUCUACCGUAUAGACCAUUACUUGGGAAAAGAAAUGGUUCAGAAUGUUAUAACUCUAAGAUUUGCCAACAAAAUAUUUGCUUCAACAUGGGAUAGAGAUAAUAUUUCAUCUGUAACCAUAACCUUUAAAGAACCUUUCGGUACUUACGGUCGGGGUGGCUAUUUCGAUCAAAGUGGUAUCAUACGAGAUAUCAUGCAAAACCAUCUUCUUCAAGUACUUUGUCUAGUGGCUAUGGAGCGGCCAGUUUCUACUGACCCUGAAGAUAUUAGAAAUGAAAAAGUAAAAGUUUUAAGGAGUAUGCAACCAAUCAAAUUGGAAGAUGUAGUUCUGGGUCAGUAUAUCGGUGAUGAAACCGCUGAAGAGGGUUCUGAAGCAAGAUUGGGAUACCGAGAUGAUCCAACUGUUGCUAAUGAUUCUAUUACACCUACUUUCGCCAUGGCUGUCGCAAGGAUUCAAAAUGAACGUUGGGAUGGUGUUCCCUUUUUCCUUCGAUGCGGUAAAGCUCUGAACGAAAGAAAAGCGGAAAUCCGUAUCCAAUAUCGAGACAUAUCCGGUGAUAUUUUCCAAGGACAGUGUAAAAGAAAUGAACUUGUUAUACGUGUACAACCCGGUGAAGCUGUUUACCUUAAAUUAAUGACAAAAACACCCGGUAUGUCAAUGGAUAAUAUGGAAGAGACUGAAUUGGAUUUAAGUUAUAGACAUCGUUAUAAAGAUGCGUUGGUUCCUGAUGCUUAUGAAAGAUUAUUGUUGGAUGUUUUCGUUGGAUCUCAGAUGCACUUUGUUCGCAGUGAUGAGCUCUCUGAAGCUUGGAGGAUAUUUACACCAUUUCUACACCAAAUCGAGGAACAAAGAGUGGUACCAUUGCCUUACACAUAUGGUUCGCGUGGGCCUAAGCAAGCAGAUAUUGUUCAAUCUUCGUAUGGAUUCAAAUUUUAUGGAACCUAUAAAUGGGUUAGCCCUAUGGGUUAAUUGUUGUCCUCAUUUUUUCCAAUCUCUCGUCCUCUCACUCUCUCUAUCCAUUUUUUUCUGUAAUAUUUUCAAUCAGCUCCCUGUAAUUGUGUGAAUUUCGAAGUAACGGAAACAAGAAGAGGGAAAUUGAAACUCAGAAAGAAAAAAGAAACUGAUUAACUUUUUAAUAUAAAUUUUUGAAAAAAUUUCACAUGAAAUUUACAGUAUCUUAUACCUUGAUUAUUUGUAGAGUAGAUUUCACUUGACGUAAAUAACAGUUGAUCACGUCAAUCGUACUACCUAUUCAGACAUGUUAAAUUAUUAAA